AUGGGAAAUCAGCCGGCAAAACACUCCGGAAGGCCGAAGAAGGCCGUCCACUGGAAAUCAGCAGAGCCCCCCUCGCCGCCGGGAAAGCCGAUGCUGGUGCCAGGAUCGCCCAGCUCUUCGUUGCCGGAUGUGGUGACGCUCCGUUGGAAGCGGCCAACCAGCGAUGGCGGUUCGCCAAUUCUUGGCUAUAUCGUUGAACACCGACGGACGGGUUCACCGCACUGGCUGCGAGCGUCUGCCGUGCUAACACAGGCAACCGAGAUGUCAUUCAGCGGACUUGAGCCGGGUUGGCGCUAUCAGUUCCGGGUUACAGCGCAGAAUAUCGUCGGCCAGUCGGAAAGCAGCGAACUGUCCGAUGCGCUGACCGUAACGCUGCAACGUGCCGCCGAAGCACCUCCACGAUUUAUUCACGAACUGCUCGACACGACUGCCAUCGAGGACGAGAAGGUAGAGUUUCGAGUUUCCGUUGCGGGAACACCCGCUCCGCAGAUCAGUUGGUACAAGGACGGGUUCGAAAUGUUCAGCAGCCGUCGGACGAAAAUUCUGACCGAGGGCGAUUUUAGUAUGUUGGUUAUUCAUCAGACCGCUCUGACUGAUGCCGGACAGAUCAAGUGUACGGCAACGAAUCGUGCCGGUCACACUAUGACUCAGUGCAAUCUUACCAUCGAUGCGUAUCCGAAGAUUCGCUUGCCCCGUCAGUACGAAGAUGGACUGAUUAUCGAAGCCGACGAGGUUAUUCGGCUUAAGGUUGGCAUCGCUGGCCAACCAACGCCGGUAGUCGAGUGGAGUCAUAAUGGCGAACUGCUAGCCAGUGGUGGCCGCUAUGAAAUCGAAACCUCCGACAAAAAUUCCACUCUCAGAAUAGCGAACGCCCAGCGGUCGGAUCGGGGUGAAUACAAUCUGCGGGCCUUCAAUAAGCUGGGCGACGAUUAUGCUUCAUUUUUGGUCACGGUAACGGCUCGUCCCGAACCACCGGGAAAAGUGUCCAUCAGCGUGGGAGUUGGGAAAACCAUUACCUUGAGCUGGGCCGCACCCGAGGACGAUGGUGGCUGUAAAAUUGGAAAUUAUAUAGUGGAAUACUACCGCGUGGGUUGGGAUGUUUGGCUGAAAGCCACCACUUGUCGCCAAUUAAACACAACAUUAAGCGGUUUGUUUGAAGGUUCUCAGUACCGUUUUCGAGUUAAAGCGGAGAAUCCUUACGGUUUGAGUGAUCCAAGUGAGGAAUCGGACACGCUCUUCAUUCCGGAUCCGAAGCGUGGAAUCAAUAGUGCAACGCAGGUGACCGAAAUGGAUAUGGAACAGAAUGAAAAGCCACCUCUGGCGGUUCCACGCAAACGUCGUGAAGACUCGCGUUCACCAGCUCGUGAUUUGGACCAAAUCAAAAAGAUACGAGCCCUUACAGCGGACACAGGAGCUUACAACCGGGACGAAAUCAUCCGUGAACUGUCCUACGGUACACGGGAUGAAGAUUUUUUCAAACCCAAACCACCAGAGCCCGUGAGAAAAUCUUCACCUGCCCCUGCAGUUGUUCCACCCUACCCGCCACCGCAACGACCACCACCACCACCGCCGUCGCCGUCGUUCACCUCCCCGCUAAAGGCGAUGGAGAAAUUCUCCAAGGAUGCCAGCCCGCUGUCGAAGCUCACCUUCACAUCCAGUAGCAAUGGUAAUCAUCAGCUGGAGGUGGUCACCAGCAACGGCAUCGCCAUCCCUAACACCCCUACCAGUCAUCCCAGCGCCAGUUCAUCAACCGUCGGUAAUCCAUCGAUCCACAACAGCAGCGAAUUUAUGCUGGUCCUGUACGACGAUCAGCAAGCGAAGAACAAUACACGUAACUCGACCUUCGACUUCGAAUUGGACGAUAUGGUACCGCCACCACCUCCGCUGUCACUAUCGGCACCGGAACUGAACGUGGAACCACCGCCGGCACCGACAAUGCGCCCUGCCGUCAGUUCCACCGAACUACUGUACGAACGAGCAAUGGCACGCUUCUACCAGGCGGUUGCACUGGAAGAAUCCGAAAAUCAGCGAAAGGCUUCCGAACGCAGGCAAAGCUACAGCGCCGCGGAACAGUUGAUUCAGCAACAGCAGCAGCUGCAGCAGCAGCAACAACAACUACAGCAACAGCAGCUGCAGCUGCAGUUGCAGCAGGAAGCUGCUGCAGCUUCGAUGCGGUUGGCCGACCGCAGAAGCAGUUUGCGCCGUCGACUGUCCGGGGACAAGGAAACGAUCGUCAAGCAGUCCAGCUUCGAAGCGGACGCUAGGCAACAUUCCAGCGUAAUUGAAGAGGUUAUUCCCGAGGAAAUACCGUCGAUUAAAGUGGAACCGGAACCGGAACCAGAACCUGCUAUUGUCGAGAAACCUGCCGAAGAACUGGACGAGGAGCUGUCGCUUUCCUCUUCCAUGGAUUCAAUGCUGGAAGAGUUGAAACGUAGGGAAUCGAAUCGGUCCAGUCGAUCGAGGAUUAUGAGCGACGACGAGGAAAUGGAAACCUAUCACCCAGCUCAGCGAGUGGUUUCUCCGUAUACGAAUCCGGACCCAAGUCAGGCGAUUGAAGUUCUCACGAAACCACUGCCGCUGCCGGAUCCAAACUUCGUCCCGAAACCAAUUUUGAAGCGACCCUCGACGGAGCUGCUAACGAAAGAUGAUAAGGAAAAGAAACCUGCCGCUGGUAAAUCGGAACGGAAAGGUUUGAUUAAUAUUUUUGAUCGAAAAUCUCCUACGAAGGAGCCGUCACCAGCUCCUAGUUCUCCACCGGUGGAGCGAGAGAAAACGCCUGAACCGAAGGAAGCAAGCUCAAGUGAAAAGCAUUCUCCGGAGGAAUCUGUUGCGUUGAGUGAAAAACAGCCGCCUUCGGAGUUUGAAAUACGAACCGCCAUCGUAUCGGAAGUUGCUCGUCAACGACGACUGGAGUCUAGACAGAGUUCCAUCGAAGAAUCCAGAGCUGUGGCCGAUUUCUACACGGACAUUGUUCAGCAGGUUGAGAGUUCGAAGAAACCUAGACAGUUACCGCACUACAUGAGCCCCGAGGAUGUCCGUAGGCAAGAACGUACUCGUUCCCGAGACACGUCCUAUGAUCGAUUCCGGUCCAGAUCCGGAUCACGGUCUCCGUUAGGAGAGACUCAUCGUCUUCAAAAGUCCCGUUCGCCUUCCCUAACAUCGGAACAAAUGGUGACCAAAGGAAAACCUGCACGGGAGAGCAAAAUCCUUCGUCAACGAUCUUCCUCGAUCGAGCAGGAUCCGAAACGUCCAUCUGCUGCUGUUGUUGCUACUGCUGCUGCUGCUGGUCAGCUUUCACCUUCAAACGUAAACAAACCGGAAACUGCAUUUAUUUCCCGUGAACCUGGCAGUGACACGAUCAGAAAAAGCCGCCCCCUUCGUGAAUCCACGGCGAUCGCCAAAAAGCGAAACCUGUCCAACACCCGCUCACGCAGCAGCUCCGGUUCCCGCGAUGCAGAAUCCAUCCCCGAUGGGAUGGCCGCAAGGCGAGUCUUGGCACGAAACGACCAACAGCCGCCUGCUCCAAUUAAACCUCCGGUCGAAAAACCGGUUCCACCCAUGCCCAUCCCGUCUGUUCCAUCAACCCCAUCGACUCCCUCAACGCCCCAAUCGAUACCAACACCGGACGAACAGCGAUCUCGUUCGCAAUCGCGAACCCGAGAGCCAACACCGCAGGAAGCGUCCGUCAAAUCUGCCGUUGGCUACCUGUUCGACGUAGCCCUGUUCGGUUUGGCUUGCUGGUUGUAUCUCUUCAAGAACCCAAAGCUAGCGAUUCCGGUCAUCAUCCUCAUCAUGUAUCGCCACAUUAGCGACGCCCUUAAAGAUCGAAUUCCACCCUGGGUGAAGCGUCCCAUCAGCUAA